GGUUAGGGAAGGUCCCCUCGCAGUCGUCGCCUGCCAGCGCCUGAGCGGGGUGUGGUCCCGGAACAGGGCGAGUUCUCCCGGCGGGCUAUCAGGCACACGCCGAGGACAGCUCCUGCUCGCUCGUCGCUGCAGUGUCCCCACGUGCUUCCGCUUGUCUGCUGGCUGGGAGCUCGCGGGCUCGGGACGCAGUGAUAGUCUUUCAUCAUGCAUCGGAAGAAAGUAGAUAACCGACUCCGCAUUCUCAUUGAGAAUGGGGUAGCUGAGCGGCAAAGGUCUCUAUUUGUCGUCGUUGGAGAUCGGGGAAAGGACCAGGUGGUCAUUCUUCAUCAUAUGUUGUCCAAAGCCACUGUGAAGGCUCGACCUUCAGUGCUGUGGUGUUACAAGAAGGAGCUGGGCUUCAGCAGUCAUAGGAAGAAAAGAAUGCGACAGCUGCAGAAGAAAAUCAAGAAUGGGACGUUGAACAUAAAGCAAGAUGACCCCUUUGAGCUGUUCGUAGCAGCCACAAACAUCCGCUACUGCUACUACAACGAGACCCACAAGAUCCUGGGCAACACCUUUGGCAUGUGUGUUCUCCAGGACUUUGAAGCCUUAACUCCAAACUUACUGGCCAGGACUGUAGAGACAGUGGAAGGUGGGGGACUGGUGGUUAUCCUCCUGCGGACCAUGAAUUCACUCAAGCAGCUGUACACGAUGACCAUGGAUGUGCAUUCGAGAUACAGGACGGAGGCCCAUCAGGAUGUGGUAGGAAGAUUUAAUGAGAGGUUUAUUCUCUCCCUGGCCUCUUGUAAGAAGUGUCUCGUCAUUGACGACCAGCUCAGCAUCCUGCCCAUCUCCUCCCAUGCUGCCAGCAUUGAGGCCCUACCUCCACAGACCCCGGAUGAGAGUCUCAGUCCUUCGGAGCUGGAGCUGAAAGAGUUGAAGGAGAGUUUGCAGGACACGCAGCCUGUGGGCGUGCUUGUGGACUGCUGCAAGACCCUGGACCAGGCCAAGGCUGUCUUGAAAUUCAUUGAGGGGAUCUCUGAAAAGACCCUGAGGAGCACUGUUGCGCUCACAGCGGCCCGAGGAAGGGGCAAGUCUGCUGCCCUGGGGCUGGCGAUUGCUGGAGCGGUGGCUUUUGGGUACUCCAAUAUCUUCGUUACCUCCCCCAGCCCUGAUAACCUCCACACUCUGUUUGAAUUUGUGUUUAAAGGGUUUGAUGCGCUGCAAUAUCAGGAGCAUCUAGAUUAUGAGAUCAUUCAGUCUCUUAACCCAGAAUUUAACAAAGCCGUGAUCAGAGUGAACGUAUUCCGAGAACACAGGCAGACCAUUCAGUGGGUGUUUUACGUCUUCCUGGCAGUGUGGGAAGUGGGGUCUCAUGUCUUUGGCAUUGCACUGGUCACUAGUGGGCUCAAUGUCUUCGUGUUAACUGGCUAUUCGGUACACGCUGUGCCGAGAGUCCAGGGUGAGCAGUACUGUCCUUGCGGAGCAGGAGACUGGGGUGUCAGUGGCAUGAGAAACAGUCCCUUGUCUCCUGGAGAGCGGCUUUGCAGCCUCAUGCCUAACUGCCUUGCCUCUGCUCCCAGCUACGAGGGCACUGGCCGGUCGCUGUCCCUCAAGCUAAUCCAGCAGCUCCGCCAACAGAGUGCCCAGAGCCAGAUCAGCACCACUGCUGAGAACAAGACCACGACCACAGCCAGACUGGCCUCAGCGCGAACGCUGCACGAGGUCUCCCUGCAGGAGUCGAUCCGAUACGCGCCCGGGGACGCCGUGGAGAAGUGGCUCAACGACUUGCUGUGCCUGGAUUGCCUCAACAUCACUCGGAUAGUGUCAGGCUGCCCCUUGCCGGAAGCCUGUGAACUGUACUAUGUUAACAGAGAUACCCUCUUCUGCUACCACAAGGCCUCCGAAGUUUUCCUCCAACGGCUCAUGGCCCUCUACGUGGCUUCUCACUACAAGAACUCUCCCAACGACCUCCAGAUGCUUUCUGAUGCACCUGCUCACCAUCUCUUCUGCCUUCUGCCUCCCGUGCCUCCAACCCAGAAUGCCCUUCCUGAAGUGCUCGCUGUCAUCCAGGUGUGCCUUGAGGGGGAGAUUUCGCGACAGUCCAUCUUGAACAGCUUGUCUCGCGGGAAGAAGGCUUCGGGGGACCUGAUUCCGUGGACGGUGUCAGAACAGUUCCAAGAUCCAGACUUCGGUGGCCUUUCAGGAGGAAGGGUCGUUCGCAUCGCUGUUCAUCCAGAUUAUCAAGGGAUGGGCUAUGGCAGCCGGGCUCUGCAGCUGCUGCAGAUGUACUACGAAGGCAGGUUCCCUCGUCUGGAGGAAAAGGUCCUUGAGACGUCCCAAGAAAUCCACACCGUCAGCAGCGAGGCCGUCAGCUUGUUGGAAGAGGUGGUCACUCCCCGGAAAGACCUUCCUCCUCUACUCCUCAAAUUGAAUGAGAGGCCGGCUGAGCGCCUGGAUUACCUGGGUGUGUCCUACGGCUUGACCCCCAGGCUCCUCAAGUUCUGGAAACGAUCUGGGUUUGUUCCUGUUUACCUGAGGCAGACCCCGAAUGAUCUGACCGGAGAACACUCGUGCAUCAUGCUGAAGGUGCUGACCAGCGAGGACGAGGACGAGGUGCACCAGGGAGCCUGGCUCUCGGCCUUUUGGAAAGAUUUCCGGAGGCGCUUCCUGGCCCUGCUGUCCUACCAGUUCAGCACCUUUUCUCCUGCCCUGGCUCUGAACAUCAUUCAGAACAGGAACAUCGGGAAGCCAGCGCAGCCGGCCCUACGCCGGGAGGAGCUGGAGGCACUCUUCCUGCCCUAUGACCUGAAGAGGCUGGAGAUGUACUCUCGGAACAUGGUCGACUACCACCUCAUCAUGGACAUGAUCCCAGCCAUCUCCCGGAUGUAUUUCCUCAACCAGCUGGGGGACCUGGCCCUGUCGGCCGCCCAGUCGGCUCUUCUCUUGGGGAUUGGCCUGCAGCACAAAUCUGUUGACCAGCUGGAAAAGGAGAUCGAGCUGCCUUCGGGACAGCUGAUGGGACUUUUCAACCGGAUCAUCCGCAAAGUCGUGAAGCUAUUUAACGAGGUGCAGGAGAAGGCCAUCGAGGCGCAGAUGGUGGCAGUGAAGGAUGUGGUGAUGGAGCCCACGAUGAAGACCCUGAGCGAUGACCUGGAGGAAGCAGCGAAGGAAUUCCAGGAGAAACACAAGAAAGAAGUGGGGAAGCUGAAGGACAUGGACCUCUCCCAAUACAUAAUCCGUGGGGAUGAUGAGGAGUGGAACGAAGCUUUGAACAAAGCUGGGCAGAACGCCUCAAUCAUCAGCCUCAAAAGUGACAAGAAAAGGAAGGUAGAAGCCAAAAAUGAACCCAAGCAGAACAAAAAGUUAAGGAAAAACAGAGAUAUGAAGAGCAAAAAAGACAUGAAACUGAAGCGGAAGAAAUAGCGAGAGAAACUUGGUCCUCGGCGCCGACCCCUGAGUUGCUGCUCUGCGAACUGGCUGCCGGCCGGGGCCGCUGGCCUGUUGCAGGCGGCCAGAGCCCGGCGGCCCGGCUCCUGGCGGGUUCGGUCUACGGCCACGCUGGCCUGGCGGCGCCCCUGCGAAUGAGUCGGCCUGGAACUGGAUCUUUGGGCGAACUCUUGCACCGCGGGGUGCCGCUUCCCGGCCCAGACCCCACUUUCCGAUGAGUUCAUAUUUUCCUUUGGACCCAGCAUUUCUGGCUCCUUGGGGUAGAAGCCAUGCUGACAGGGAGGCUGUGCGGGCAGCCCUGGGCCUCUGGUCAUGGGUUUGUCCUCCACCCCGAGGCCUGGGCAGCAGGAGUCUAGUCGGGCAGCAGUGCUGGGAUCGGCAUCGCUUGUUUCACCCCGACCCGCUCCCUGGGCCACCUCACUGCCCCAUAAGCCCGCUGCUCUGAACUCGGGAGAGAGGUGACGUCUGAAUCCUCUAAAUUUAUUACUCCGUUUGGGGAAAAAUGUUGGGAAAGCUUUUGCUAGCAGGGGCCAGAGAGGGAUAGUGAAUCUAUUUUUAAUAAAUGACCUAG